AUGGGUAUUGCAUAAUGGUUUAUUUCUUUACAAACUUGUUCCUCGAAGAAUCGAUAAAACGAUAAAAAGAUGAAGAUGUGGUUUGUUGUUAUAAUUCUGGCAGUAAACGCCCCAAACGUCGCCCCGAAAGCUGGUGAUGACUGCCCUGUACACUGCACUUGUAGAGAUAGUCUCGUGAAGUGUCAUGGCUACAAUUCAGUCCCACAGCAAUUUGCAAAUAUUUCGGUCAUCAAAGUCCUCGAUUUAUCCAACAACAAUCUAACCGUCUUAACCAAGAAAGAUUUUGAAAAAUUUAUAAACAUAGAAAAAUUGUAUUUGAAUGACAACGAAAUAUCAGACAUCGAAAAUCGUACGUUUUCGUCUCUGAUUCAUUUGUCACUGCUGAACCUUUCAUGCAACAGCCUAAAAAGAAUAGAAAAGGGAGUUUUUUACAGUCUAAAAAGUUUAUCAAUCCUAUACAUGAAAAGAAAUUUGAUCAAAAACCUGUCGUUGGACGCAUUCCAUAAUGUUCCAAAUCUACAAUAUAUUAGUUUGGCCGAAAAUUUGCUCAAUAAUAUUGAUUCGUGUACAUCUCCAAUUCCGAGUUUACGUAUUCUGGAUCUAGACUACAACAGUUUGUUGUCCAUUCCAUCAAAUGUCUUCAACUGCACUCCAAAUCUCCAUACCAUCAGUUUGAAUUUCAACAGAAUAUCGCAUAUAUUGGAUUAUACAUUUUCAAACUUGCCCAACAUUACAAGUGUUAGUUUAGACUAUAAUCGAAUAAUUCAUAUUGAGAUUUUUUCUUUUGAAGUCAGACAUCAAAAUCCUAACACUUUAAUGGAGUGCCAAAUACGGCGGUUCAGCAUCGUUGGAAAUCGACUCAAGGAAGUGCCACAAGCUUUGGGUGAUCUUGUAUAUGUUGACCAUUUAGAUAUAAGUGGUAACAUUAUCAAGCAAAUUGGAACGCAGGUUUUUUAUAGACUUAAAAAACUUCGUUAUCUUCGAAUUUCUGAAAUGCCACUUCUGAACUAUAUUGCACCAGAUGCAUUUGGAGGUCUUGAUCUAAGAGAUCUACAUAUGACAAGGAAUUCUAACCUGAGAAAGCUCCCCGAAAAUCUACUCCAGAGCAUGAACAACUUGAGAACAGUUAUCAUUAGUAAUAAUGCUCUUCAGUCUGUACCGAAAAACUUGUGCAAGUGGCAUAUGUUAAUGGAUAUGAUGAUGAAUGACAAUGACUUUAUCUGUGGUUGUGGGGUUCACUGGCUUCAGACAUAUCGUGGAUGGGGCACACCCCAAACUCGGCAACAUGCGGAGAAUCUGAAAUGCCACAAACCUGGGAACUCCGAAAAUGUUCUCAUCAAAGAUUUUGACUUCUACCACCUUGCAUGUACAUACACACCAGUUAUAGAAUAUAAAUCGUAUGUUCUUGUAGGACUUACAGUCGCUUCUUUGGUACUGAUGACUGUAUGCGUGAUUUUAAUUGCAUUUCGUUACCGGACGCAAAUUUUCCGGUACAAACACCUCUCUACAGAUGAUGGUCGUGGAGUAGUUCACACGAAAAGAACAAGAACAACAUUCUGACAUAAUAAUGUAUAUUUUUUUCUAAGAAUACUGGUUUUUAAGAUUAUACGUAUAUUUUCAUGUAAAUUAUUCAAAUUAUAUUUAUAUAUUAUGAUAUUAUCGAGAAACAUUACUGUCUGAAUGAUGAAACCAUGCAAUGUGAUAGAACAUAGAAAUAGUCAACAUUACUAAUAUUCCAAAGCAUGUUGAAAUCGCGGAAUUUGUGCGCAUACAGUUUACCGUUUUAUGUUUAUAUUUGUAGAAAACAUUCAAUAUAAUAUUAAUAAAAAAAAUAGUGCAUAUAGUUGAGUGUAACCAUUGAAAAUUUACACCUUAAGAAAAGGAUUGUCAAUGGUUUUCUUGGGUAAAAAUAUUCAAUGAUACCUUCACCUACAUGCAUUAUUUAUACAUUAUAUUCACCGUAUUUUAUAAAGUAGUAAUUACUAGUGUAAUGAAGUAAAUUGAGGAGUUUGAAUCAUAAAUUGAUUUUAGAAGGUCAAUAUGCUAAGGAUCAAAAGGGGAAGCAAAUUAAGUUUUUCUUUUAUGAUCUUUUCUUUAAAAAAUGUUUUAGAUAUUAUAAUAUUUUUAUUAUAAAUUAUACAAUUAAUAUUAUUGAAGGGUUUUCUUUAGUUAAUGUAUAAUUGUAACAUGUUAUGACUGUUUUUGUCCUUACAGUUGUACAAUUUUCAUAUAUUACACUUAAAGGAUUCGAGUUUCAAUUUUUUUCUAAGGUAAAUGUCUAAGUAAAUAAUUGUUGUAUGUCUGAAUUCUUGAGGUUAGUAACGUUGUGUACAUAUCCAGUUAGAUUUGAUUCUAAGAGCAAUCUUUAUUCGCUUUUAUUAAUAUUGCUUUUUUACAUGGUUAUAUUCUAUUUUGAUUCAUGUAAUUUUUGUGUUGUUCCAUUUUGAUUUAAUUUACCUAAUUAUUCCCAAUAAACAGACUAUAUUCACAUUGUUCUUUCAUGUAUAUGGAAACAAUAAAAUUAUAUGGAGCUUUCAAAUACCAUAUACAUGUAACGACAAACCAAUUUUACUGAUAUAUUAGAAGAAUUUAGUUCUCAAAAUGUUUUGGGAAAUCAAGACGGAUCAAUGAAAAAAUAUUGUACAAACGUAAGGAAAUGUUUGGAUUAUUGUUAAAGUUGUAACACGUGUAUUUUACAAUAUAAACACUUAUGAAUUCUUCUUUUCUUCAUAUAAUUUUAUUUAUGAAUUGAAACAUGCAUUAUG